AUAAGCUCCAAUUGAAAGGCGAACAAAACCUUUCAAUCAGUUCAAAUUUGCCGAACGAUGUCCUGUGAUAACGAUAGCGAAUCUAUAAAGGAAGUAAAGCGUGAGGAAGGCGGCGAGGUCUCCGGGGGAAGCCGCUCUUUGACAGUCGGCGAGGUCCGUUCGCCUGGAGUGGACCGCCUAUGGUCCGCAGUCCAUGAGUCCAUCGGGCCAGCCGAUGCUGGUCCCGGGGGCAGUGGCCCCUUGCCUCAUUGCGGGCGUCCAGACGGAAGUCGUAACUGGACAGCCCUUGGGGCCCCGGGUGGCCGUCACACACUCAAUCCCUAUGCGGCGGAGUUUGUGCCACGCGUCACGGAUCACAUAUUUGCGGAGAAAUUUAAAAACUGGGUGUGCUUCUCGCCCUGGAACUCUCCGCCGAGCAUAUCGUGUGGCCAGCGCUACGACAGCAUUUGGCGUGAGAACAGCAUGGAAGAGCAGCUGCCUCGUCGGGAACAGGAUGAAACCAUAACAGAGCCGCAGCUGCCACAAAAGCCUGAGACGACACUGCCUGCGGUUCCGGAGGAACCCGAGGAAGCCGAGGAGGCCGAGGAGGAAGAGGACGUGCCCCAGCCAGUUAAGGUCAAAAAGAAACGCUUUAAGAUCCCUGCUGGGCUCCAACGACGCUGCAGCCUUAUGUAGGCGCCCUUCAGGCCUUGGAGACUAGAACAGAGCCAAAGCAGCCAGACCAGUUAAAUAUCGAGGAGAGACGGCGUGUGGAGAACAGGAACAGCAGGAGGAUCCAGAGUCCGUGACAGAAGAAGAACCAGAACCCGCCAAGGCGCAAUUGCAGAAUUUACGCAAUGGAAGUACUGAGUACUCCAGAGACACUCCAGAGACAUAUGUAAUCUUAUACUUAUACUUAUACAACAAUCUGUUCGUCCACUUCCAACCAUAAGAUCCGAUUAAACCUCCAUCA